AUGCUCUUUCUCGACGAUUCCCGGAUGAAAAACUUCACCUCAUCGUUUAAAGAUACAAAUUUUCUCAACUUUUUCUAUAAGAAUUUACGAGAAAAUUCGACAAACCAACACGCUGACUAUUUUCCAUACAUAAGUUUGUGCGGACGAGAGAGAAAUUUUCUGCGAUGUGACGAUCGACCGAUGGUAUUUACAAAGAUUGUAGAUGAUGGGCAGAAUUGGUUAGUCGGUGACUCAACGAAACGAGUGAGUAUCGAUCCAACAAAGCUUUUCAUGUUGAAAAAUGGACGACUUUAUCAUCCGGCUCCUUUUGCAUCUUAUGGUCUUGUCAAAUCGGCACUCGCCGAUCAAUUAUUCCCAUAUUUCAAAUUUGAUUUGGAUGGUUACCCGAUGGAAGUGAAGUGGCAAGGAAGCAAUAUUAUUUUGAGAAAUGGGCGUGGACUUGAUGAGUUGUCAAAUCACAAAGGCACACAA